CCCUCCGUGAACCCCACUCAAUGUGUAACGUUCUUCAUUGACGUGUGACGUAUCCACAAUUUAUUUUACCUCGUUCUCACGGAUCGAGGUCAAGAAGUUAGGGAUCUAGGUUUAUGUGUGUACUCCCAAACACAGGUUUUCACUGUGGGUACCGUCUUCUGAAAGUUAUUAGAUCCUAAUGACGGAGUAUAAAUUAGUUGUUGUUGGAGCUGGUGGCGUGGGAAAGAGCGCUUUAACCAUCCAACUAAUUCAAAACCAUUUUGUAGAAGAAUAUGACCCCACAAUAGAGGAUUCCUACAGAAAGCAGGUGGUGAUCGACGGGGAAACAUGUCUGCUGGACAUCCUGGACACGGCUGGUCAAGAAGAGUACAGUGCUAUGCGAGACCAGUACAUGAGGACAGGGGAGGGCUUUCUGUGUGUGUUUGCUGUCAACAGCACCAAGUCCUUUGAAGACAUAAAUCAAUACAGGGAACAGAUCAAAAGAGUUAAAGAUGCAGAUGAGGUUCCCAUGGUGUUGGUUGGUAACAAAGUAGAUUUACAGACACGGACAGUGGAGGGUAAGCAAGCCAAGCAGGUGUCUGACAGCUACAACAUCCCCUACGUAGAAACCUCAGCCAAAACAAGGCAGGGAGUCGAUGACGCUUUCUACACUCUUGUCAGAGAAAUUAGGAAAUUUAAAGAAAAGAAAGGGAAUAUAAAGAAAGGGAAGAGGAAGUUGUGCCGUUUGUUUUGAGUUCUGUGAUUCUGCCUUCCAUCUCUGUCAGCAGUUUUGUGAUGCAAUACAGCUCACUCAAAAUGUUACUUCCACAUUGGUCAGGAAUCUUCACCACCAUACCAGCUUCUCUAGACAGUAAUCAGACAAAAUCACCCAUAUCUUCUCCAGCUGUUACUAUAUGUGUGCUUAGUAAAAUGUAUUCAAAAUUCAGUGCAAUUAUAUGUAUAGGCCUGUUUGGCACAAUCUUUAGUAAGCUCCCUCAGUACUGUAUACAGCGACACCUGUCUAAUCCGACAUGCAGUAGGAGAUUGAGAUCUAACGUUUGAAGGUAGCUUUUUUCUGUCCCCGAAAUCAGAGAUUGAAUUCGAAGCUUAAAACCGCUCUCUAAAAUUUGGGAAUGCCACUCUCUUUUAAAGCAGUAAAAGCAGUAUUUAUUGUGACAUAUUACCUAGUUAUGACACAACAAAAUUAUUUUUAGAGUUCAAUGCACAAUGGUUUGCUCAUAUUGAAAUGCUUAAAAGAUGCUUCAUUUUCAGGUUCUGAUGACCUCUUAACACAAUUUCAUAGCGGAUCUUGAACUUACAUUUUUUUCAACUUCGCUCAAAUAUCUAAUGUUGCUUUUUGUAUUUACAUUAUAUUGAUUGGACAACUCUGCUUCUGUGACUGGUGUCUUAAAGCAUGUAGACUUUUCUUUAGCUAUAUUUAUCUUGGGUUUGACGGUAGGUUUAGGGAUUUUAAUGUCAGUUUAUUUCUACAUCAAAAGCAUCAUAACCAUUACUUGAGUUGUGUCAUGUUGAUCUGAUCAAAAGAUGAAUCGCACAUUCCUUCAAAUUCCAAAUUUUCCAAUGUUUCAAAAUUUGUAACAGUGAAAAAUCGCCUAUGCCAUUGUUCCAGUCGAGGAAAUCAAUAUCCAUCAGCUCCUGACCAUCCAUAGGUUUCACCGUCCAAAUGAUACUAACAAUUCGCACUCACACUUAAUGCAUUGUGUAUUGGUUGGGUACUUAUAACCUUUAACUUUGAUAUAAAUUCAAAUUGGUGAAGAUUGUAAGAUCUGAUUGGCUGCAAAAAUUAUACAUAUGCAGAGUCCCCAAAAUUGAAAAGUAGCUAAAAUGUCAUAUCACAAGCCAUUUAGAGUGCUCGUUCCUUACAUGUAUGGGAGAUAUGGGAAAGGCUUGACUCUAGCUAUCAUUCUCGCCUUAGACCCCGCCCUGUAUCUUGCAUACAACAGGGAACUCGCACUUGAAUUAAGACUUUGUACAUGUUUGUAUUGCAUUUUGGCUGCAAUUACUAGAACUUGCAAACAAUUGCUCAUUUUUGGUGUUACAGAAAAAAUUAUAAACAACCAAAGUUAUCAUUGCACACAUUAUUGAUGAGUAUCAAUCCAAACAGCUGCCAUUAAGUUUAUCUGUCAGUUGAGUUGUUUUGGGGUUUUUUCAUGUUAUAAGGGAGUUAUUAGUAAUAUACCAAAUAGAUCCUAUUUAUGUCGGAUUAGACAGAUUCCGCAGUAUGGAAACGUUUAAAUUAGGUGGUAAUGAAAUUUUUCAUCAAAAUCACACUGAAAUGAAUUUCACAGUGUUUAGUAUUUGUAAUAUUGGAAGUUAUAACAUGGCAGUAACCAUAAAUGUGGUGCGGUUUACGACUCGGCUCAAUUCACUAAAUGUAGAUGCCAUCAAUGUGAGUUCACUGAGAGUGUAGAGCUUGUAGAUGAAGAUGCUCCAAUGUUUUCCUAGGGAAGUUUACUAAGCAUUAUGUUUUUGAAUAUUUGUAAGCAGUUGUGAUUUAUUUAUGAUAUUCAUUUAAAUGACUUGCAUUUCCUACUGUUUUGCAUAGCUUCCUAUCUUUAUUUGUGUGUAUGUCAUCAUAUUGUUGUGGCAUUGGUUUUUAGGAGUUUAUCUCUGUGCCUCAGUAAUGCCAAGCAAGCAUGAAAUUUAGUUGAUUUUUUAUAUUGCUUCUAUACAUGAUUUCAACUUGCACAUGGUGCCACACAUAUAUAUGGUACUUAUAAGCAGUUUGCCAUAGUUUUAUUCUCAUAAUGCUUAUUUGGGUGUUUUUCUCUUGACAUAUAUAGGUAAACUGCAUUUAGAAGUCAUGUUAAACAAAUUAUUUAUCACCAUAUUUGCAUAUUACUGCAGUUUUUUGUGUGACUGUUAUCGGAUAACUUGUUGAUUUAUAAGUUUUCUUACUAUAAAAUUUUUUAUUUUAAAAGUUGUUCCCAGUCAUAAAUUUUUGUCAAUGAAGGGAUGAGAAUUUUUGUUUUUUAAAUGAUGCUAUGAUACUGAUGAACACUGUUCUAAAAUGUGUCAGAUACUUACAGCACAUUGAAGCGUAUGAUUCAUGUCAUUGACAGCCGUGUUGAAAAUUGUGAAUUUAUUGAAUUAUAAAAUAUUAUAUUUAAGGUUUCUCAUGUAACUGUAUCCAGAAAUUGCAGUGUAUUAUUGAGAAAGAAAUGAUUGGAAAUUGUGUGGACAUGUAGCUGUACAUCCAUGAAUGUGUACAAAAAUAAUGAAAGAUUUAAUCUUUAUUAACUCUUAACUACUCUGGUUUAAACAUUCUAUGAUUUAUAUACUGUAGUUAUGUAAUGUUUGAUAUACAUUUGUACAUCAAUAUUGAAUAAUUUUUAUCACAAAGAUUAUAAACUUAUAUGUAUAAAGAUGUGUGACAUUGCAUUAUAUUAAGUGCUCAGACUGUACAACAUGUUCUCGUAUUGCAUUUGUAAAAAUUCUCUCUGAAUUGGGUAGGAAAGGUAGAGAUUUAGUGGAUUGGCUAAAUGUUACAGUACAUGGUGAGGUUGUCAUGACUUGCCAAAUGCUAUAAAAAAGUACAGAAUCCUGAAAAUUUUCUACACUAAUGCUCAAGAUGAAAGGAUUGAGUGAUGUCGUUGCCAAGCCUGUUAAUACCCAGUAGGAAUACUAUCAACGUUUUCUGAAGAUUUGUCUCAAAUCAUUAUUUAAUUCAUAUUUAAGUUAUUUUCUAAAUUGAUGGCAAAACAGUUCUCAUGGUUUAGAUUUUAAUCCAAGAGACCCUUGAGAGAUAGUAGUCAUUGUAAAGUUACGAAACUUUUUGGGGUGUAUCUCAGAGUGAGUAGUGCAUUUAGAAGCCAACUCAGACCCAUAUUGGUUGUAGGAUGCCUUGAUAGCAUGACUACAGGUUCAUUAAACAAAAUAAACACGAGAGCAGUGAAUUUGAUCCGCUCUCUUUGGAUACCAGAGUUUUUUCCUCACAAAGAGAGAUAAGUAGUGUGACAAGUCCUGUAAGAUGAGAAGUUAAGGAUUUAGAAAGAUAUAUAUAUUGAUUUAUACAUUUCUUUGUAUCGCCUUGGAUGUAUUACAGUGAAUGUUUGUACAGUUUAAAGUGCAGGGUCAUGGCAGGGUUGCACUGAAACUAAUCAUGUAAAUGUUUUAAUGAUCAUAUUUUUAAAAUUUGUAAAAGUGUAAUUGUUUCCACAUUUAUUAAAAUGUAGUAAAGGA